AGCACGCGCCCUCUUUUUUCUCUCACUAAGUUUCUUUAGAGAGAGAGAGCGUUCCCUCCCUUUCAGAGAGCGUUAUUUUAAGCCGUGGGAUUCCAUCCUAAGAGUGUGAGAUCUUGAUUUCUAGAGAGAGAAAGAACAUUGCAUCCGUAGAUAGCUCUAGUUUUUAGAGAGAGAGAGAGGGGUGCUCUUCUUUUUCACGUAUUUAGAGAGAGAAAGCCCUGUUUUUAAGCCGUGGUUUGACGAUGACCGGGACUUCGCCCGCGGUUUCACCAUUGGACUCAGUGGCGUUUCGCAGAAUAAGUGCGGUUUCGAGGCAUUUAGGGCAUCGUUCUGAGAUGGACUCACAAGACCAGUCACUUUCUCUCUCUAAAACCGCAGGCCAUGGCUUCUCUGUGUUCGAGAGCAUUAACCAGGCUCCUGAGGAUCCGAUUUUGGGGGUAACAGUUGCAUAUAACAAGGAUCCAAGCCCAGUGAAGUUGAAUUUGGGUGUCGGUGCAUACAGAACUGAGGAAGGAAAACCUCUUGUUUUGAAUGUAGUGAAACAAGCAGAACAGCUUUUAAUCAAUGAUGGGUCUCGUGUCAAGGAGUAUCUGCCUAUAACUGGACUGGCAGAUUUCAACAAGUUGAGUGCCACGCUCAUUUUAGGUGCUGACAGCCCCGCUAUUCUUGAGAAAAGAGUGGCUACGGUACAGGGCUUGUCUGGUACAGGAUCAUUAAGGGUUGGAGCUGAGUUUCUAACACGACACUACUACAACCGUACAAUUUACAUUCCACUGCCAACAUGGGGAAACCAUCCCAAAGUCUUCACUAUAGCUGGGCUCUCUGUGAAGACUUAUCGCUAUUACGAUCCAGCCACUCGUGGACUAGACUUCCAAGGCUUGUUAGAAGACCUUGGUUUGGCUCCAUCUGGAGCUGUGGUGCUUCUCCAUGCAUGUGCGCAUAAUCCAACUGGUGUUGAUCCGACUCCUGAGCAAUGGGAGCAAAUUAGACAGUUGAUUAGAUCAAAGGGAUUCCUACCCUUCUUUGACAGUGCUUAUCAGGGAUUUGCAAGUGGUAGCCUUGACACCGAUGCACAAUCUGUUCGCAUGUUUGUUGCAGAUGGUGGUGAAUUGUUUGCUGCUCAAAGUUAUGCAAAGAACAUGGGACUUUAUGGAGAACGAGUUGGAGCUCUUAGCGUAGUCUGCAAGUCAGCUGCUGUGGCUGGUAGGGUUGAGAGUCAGCUGAAGCUUGUGAUCAGGCCCAUGUAUUCGAACCCACCUCUUCAUGGAGCUUCCAUUGUGGCUAAAAUUCUCGGAGACAGGAACUUGUUUAAUGAGUGGACUGUCGAAUUGAAGGCCAUGGCUGACCGGAUCAUAAGCAUGCGCAAGCAGCUUUAUGAUGCUUUAUGCUCUAGAGGUACACCGGGUGACUGGAGUCACAUUAUCAAGCAGAUUGGAAUGUUCACAUUCACCGGGUUAAAUACAGAGCAGGUGGCUUUCAUGACCAAAGAGUACCACAUCUACAUGACAUCCGAUGGGAGGAUUAGCAUGGCUGGUUUGAGCUCUCGAACAGUUCCCCAUCUUGCCGACGCGAUUCACGCUGCUGUAACACGUUUUGCUUGAAUCAAUUCUCUCUGGUUUGAACCAUUUAAGUUUUUAAUAACUAACUUCUGAGUACAUGAAGUUAUGAGAGCGCAUUUAUCUUAUUCUCUGUGGCUUCAUAUAAUAUGCAUUCCAUGCUUGAGUGCUUUCAAUUGUAAUAAAUAAGUGACCCACAUAUUGAAGAAUUUGAAUGCAUAAAGGGUGAAAUGGAUAACAUUUGUUUGUUGCUUAAAGAAAGAAAAUAAUAAAACAAUCAUUGUACCCACUUCUAAUGAA